AUGACGCGGCAUCUGGCGGACUCGGACGAUCUGGCGGAGUGGGCGGAGCUGGCGGAGGCGGUGCUGGCGGACCCCGUGUACCGCGACCGCCUCGAGUGGUUCGAGUACGAACGCCGCUUGCACCGCGACGGCGCCGCUGCUGCCGUGCAGUACGCACGAGACGCGGGAUGGGUGGACAUGACAGACACGUUCGCCUGGAGCGGAGUGGACAUGGAGAUGCUAGGCACCUCCUUCACCAAGCCCAUACCUCGCACCCACACCUCCGGCACUGCUGCGCCCGCCGCACCCGCUGUCUUCCCAUAUUCGUCCGGCCCUGCAGUAUCUGGAGUCCCCUCUGUCCGAAAGCGCACAGCUCGUGCCCGCCAGGGCCGCGCGGGGUUGGGCUGGCCUUCAGGCGUGAAUCUUGCGGCUGUACGCGCGCAGCAGGAGCAGCUGGCCCGGCGGCAAGAGAGAAGGAAACGGCAAUCUGAGAGGCGACAGCAGCAGACAGAAGGCGGGAAUGCAGGGGAUAGUGAAGAGGGAGGGAUUGAGGAAGCGGAUGAGGGGUACAUGAACCUUGAGAAAGUGAGCAGCGACUGGCUGCUUGAUAUGGUGCAGAAGCAACAGGCGUCAAUCGAAGAGAAGCGGACCAAGGCAGGGCGUCAGGAUGAAGUGGGCAGUGAAGGUUCACAGGCAGGAAAAGAGCCUUCGGCACGAUCUAGGUCCACUCAGAGCGACGCGUGGUUCUGGGCGCCCGACAGGCACAGAGGACGCGCCAAGGGCGGAGGGCACGCUGGAGGUGGGUCGCGGCAAGGCGGCGGUGGCGGCGGGAUGGAGGCGGGAGGCGGCGUGCGGUCGGCGUCGAAGAAGAGCCCCUAUGUGGUCGGCGGGGCGGAGCGACGGCGAUCGGGAGGUCGUCAGCGGAAGAAGAUAGAGAUGCUGCUGAUACGGUACAGGCGGCGUCGGUUCCUGCUGCUGUUGGCGCUGCUGACACUGGUGGCGCUCUUUGCAUGGUUCGGCGACGACAUCAUGUCACGACUAGAGGUGCGCCUCCGCCAUGCCCCAUCCACACUCACGCCUACCCCCCCUCCGCCAUGCCCCAUCCACACUCACGCCUACCCCCCCUCCGCCAUGCCCCAUCCACACUCACGCCUACCCCCCCUCCGCCAUGCCCCAUCCACGUCACGCCUACCCCCCCUCCGCCAUGCCCCAUCCACACUCACGCCUACCCCCCCUCCGCCAUGCCCCAUCCACACUCACGCCUACCCCCCCUCCGCCAUGCCCCAUCCACACUCACGCCUACCCCCCCUCCGCCAUGCCCCAUCCACACUCACGCCUACCCCCCCUCCGCCAUGCCCCAUCCACACUCACGCCUACCCCCCCUCCGCCAUGCCCCAUCCACACUCACGCCUACCCCCCCUCCGCCAUGCCUCCCUCGCUUCUUUGCUGCCAGCACGCCCCAUUCCCGCGGUGCUGUCAUCGGACGGCACGCACCGCCGCCUGCUGCUGCCGCGCCGCUCCACCUCCGCCGUACCACCGCCACUCGCCACGGCGGGGGUGGGGAGCCCUGGGGCGCAGGCACCGGUGCAGGGGGAGGGCGAGGGCGGGGUAGCAGAGGGGGGCGAAUCGCACACGCAUGGGCGUGAGGCAGCGUCGCUGUGGCCUGAGCCCGCCCCCCAGGGCUGGGUGGCGCAUGCAGGCGUGCGAGACACCGCAGUCUGGCCUGCGCCAGCGGAGGAGAGCAACGGAUUCGUGGUGGUGAGGUGCAACGGCGGGCUCAACCAGCAGCGCAGCGCGAUAUGCAACGCAGUGGUGGUGGCGCGCAUCAUGAACGCCACUCUAGUGCUGCCACGCCUUGACACCAAUGAGUUCUGGAACGACACCAGUGGGUUCGCCACGGUGUACGAUGUGGACCACUUCAUCGCCACGCUCGCCGCCGAUGUGCGCAUUGUCAAGGACUUGCCGCCACACAUAACGGCGGACAAGCGCGCCAAGCUCGUCCGGCUGCGUCCACCGCGCGAGGCCCCAGUGCAGUGGUACGAGAGCGACGCGCUGCGGGUGCUGCGGCGGCGGGGCGGGGUGUACCUGACGCCGUUUGCACACCGGCUGGCGGAGGAGCUGGGCACGGGCAGUGUGGCGCUGGAGCUGCAGCGCCUGCGCUGCCGUGCCAACUUCCACGCGCUGCGCUUUCACCCCGCCGUGCACGCGCUGGCUGACAGCGUGAUGGCGCGCAUGAGAGCACGCAGCACAGCGCUGGGCAUGCAGGGGCGCUUCAUUGCCGUGCACCUGCGCUUCGAGAAGGACAUGCUGGCAUUUGCAGGGUGCUUCAACAUAUUCUCUGAGGAGCAGCAGGUGGAGCUGAAGGCUUAUCGAGAAGCUAACUUCGCAGAGAAGGAGCUGGAGCAGUCCAGGAGAAGACGAAUUGGCAAGUGCCCACUCACACCGCACGAGGUGGGGCUCACACUGCGCGCCAUGGGCUUCCCCAACAGCACACUGCUCUACCUGGCAGGGGGGGCAGUGUACGGGGGAGAGGCAUUCAUGCGCCCCCUGCAGGCGCUCUUCCCCAACAUAGUGCGCCGUGCGGACGUGGCCACGGCGGCUGAGAUGGAGGCGGUGGAGGGGCAUGGCAGGGCGCUGCUGGGACAGGCCGUGGACUACAUUGUGUGCACCAAGGCUGAUGUGUUCCUGCCCAGCUAUGACGGCCCCAGCAACUUUGCCAAUAAUGUGCUUGGUCACCGCCUGUACCUCGGGUUUCUCCCAUCGCUGAGGCCUGAUCGCCGCUCACUGUCCCGUGUGCUGGACGAAAGGGAGGCAGGUGGCAUAACAGAGGACGUGUUUGGCCCUGCUGUGAAGAACGUGCUUCGGAAGAUACCAUCAGCAUCACCCUUCCCUCGCCGCCAUGGCCACAUGGCCUUCUUUGCUGACCCAUGGCCUGAGUGCUUCUGCCAGAACCCAAGUACAAAUUCCAAUGUUGAAGGCAGCAAGAUACGCGCAAAGGAUUCAUGUCCUCGGCACGUUGCCGAAGAGAUAGCACACAUAUAA